AAUCGCUUACCAGAGGAAUGAUGAUGAUGAAGAAGAAGCGGCCCGGGAACGGCGCCGCCGAGCCCGCCAGGAAAGGCUGCGGCAGAAGCAAGAGGAAGAAUCCUUGGGACAGGUGACCGACCAGGUGGAGGUGAAUGCCCAGAACAGCGUGCCCGACGAGGAGACCAAGACAGCCACCACAAACACUCAGGUGGAAGGUGAUGAUGAGGCUGCAUUCCUGGAGCGUCUGGCUCGGCGAGAAGAAAGACGCCAAAAACGCCUUCAGGAAGCUCUGGAGCGGCAGAAAGAGUUCGACCCAACCAUGGCAGAUGCCAGUGUGUCGCUCCCAAGCAGAAGAGUGCAAAACGACAUGGCAGAAGACGAAACUGCCGAGAGGGAAGAGAAAACUGAAAGCUGCCAAGGAAGAUAUGAGAUCGAGGAAAGAGAAACAGUCACCAAGUCCUACCAGAAGAACGACUGGAGGGGUGCUGAUGCAAACAAGAAAGAAGAAAAGGAAAAGGAGGAGGCAGAAGAGAAGCCAGAGCAAGGGAGCACUGGAGAAGAUCAGGUAGAGGCAAUGGUGGAGGAGAAAACAGAAAGUCGAGAGGAAACAGUGGUGAUGUCAUUGGAAAAUGGGCUGAUCAGCGCAGAGGAGCCCAAGCUAGAGGCAGAGAGGGGACAGAGUUCAGAUGAGAUUGCCCACGAUGAAGAGGAAGACAGGGAGAGAGCUGAGGCAGAGAGGGUAAGGUUGGAAGCAGAAGAAAGGGAAAGAAUUAAAGCUGAGCGAGACAAAAAGAUAGCAGAUGAGCAAGCAAGAAUUGAAGCGGAAGAAAAAGCGGCUGCCCAAGCAAGAGAAAGGAGAGAGGCAGAGGAGAGGGAGAGGAAGAAGGGGGAAGAGAAAAGGGCAGCAGAGGAGAGGCAGAGGGCCAGGGUGGAGGAGGAGGAGAAGGCUAAGACAGAAGAACAGAAACUUAGCCAGCAGCUAGAAGAGAAAAGGCCCUCUAUGCAAGAGACAAAGAUGAAAGGGGGAAAAGUGGAAGAGAAAAUGGAAGGGAAACAGGUAAAUGAAAAGAAAGUACAAGAAGAUAAACCACAGACAGCUGUCCUAAAGAAACAGGAAGAAGAAAAGGGAGCUAAAGUGCAAGCUAAAAGAGAAAAGUUCCAAGAAGACAAGCCUCCCCACAAGAAAGAAGAGAUCAAAGAUGAGAAGAUGAAAAAGGACAAAGAGCCCAAAGAGGAAGUUAAGAGCUUCAUGGAUCGAAAGAAAGGAUUUACAGAAGUGAAGUCGCACAAUGGGGAGUUCAUGACCCACAAACUUAAACAUACUGAGAAUACUUUCAGACAGAGGUGGCCCAUCUGCCAGAGAGCAGCCGCGAGAGCCAAGCUCAAGGCAAAGCUGUGGGUAGGGGCGUUGUUUCAGUGCUGCCCCUCGUCUGGCUGUCCUUCCAUCCCCAGGGCAAGAGCCUUUCUGUGUUCUUUCCUGUCCCGGGACUCCAGACAUAUCCGAGUUAACCGGCGGAAGCGGGAGGAGCGGCGGAGGGUCCUGGAGGAGGAGGAGCAGCGGCGGAAGCGGGAGGAGGCUGACCGCCGAGCCCGGGAGGAGGAGGAGAAGAGGAGACUAAAGGAGGAGAUUGAAAGGCGAAGGGCAGAGGCUGCUGAGAAACGCCAGAAGAUGCCAGAAGACGGCCUGUCGGAUGACAAGAAGCCCUUCAAGUGCUUCACUCCCAAAGGUUCAUCUCUCAAGAUAGAAGAGCGCGCAGAAUUUUUGAAUAAGUCUGUGCAGAAAAGCAGUGGUGUCAAAUCAACUCACCAAGCGGCAGUUGUCUCCAAGAUUGACAGCAGACUAGAGCAGUACACCAGUGCCAUUGAGGGAACUAAAACUGCAAAACCCACGAAGCCGGCAGCCUCGGACCUCCCUGUUCCUGCCGAAGGUGUGCGCAACAUCAAGAGCAUGUGGGAGAAAGGAAACGUGUUUUCUUCCCCUACUGCACCAGGCACACCCAACAAGGAAACUGCUGGCCUGAAAGUGGGGGUUUCCAGCCGCAUCAAUGAAUGGCUAACAAAAACCCCAGAUGGGAACAAGUCACCUGCGCCCAAACCUUCUGACUUGAGGCCAGGAGAUGUAUCUGGCAAGCGGAACCUCUGGGAAAAGCAAUCUGUGGAUAAGGUCACUUCCCCCACUAAGGAGCCUGUUUCUAAAGAAACCCAUGCUGUGAAAUAGAGACUUUUCUAAUGAUCAUCAUAACUCUGUGUCUGAACAGUGAUACCAACCAUCGGAAGUCAACAAAAGAUUUAAGUUUAGAAUUGCCUGCGGAAUGUGUGCAGCAUCUAGAAAAAUGAACCAUAGUUUUUGUUUUUUUUUUGAAAUACAGAAGACAUUGUUUCUGCACUUUAUAAUAAAGCAUGGAAGAAAUUAUCUUAGUAGGCAAUUAUAACACUUUCUGAAAGUAACCCAUUUCAGAUUUGAUAUACUGCAAUAAUGAUUGUCUUUAAAAAAAAAAAAAAAGAUGUACUGUUAAGGUCUUACUUUUUUCAUGCUGAUUCAUAUCUAAAUUAGAUUAUUAUGUUAGCUGACAGUGGUACUGAUUUUUUAGAUUGGUUGCUUUGUGUAUUUCUUUGGUAGUGAUAAUAGCCUGAACCACAUUUUAGAUAACCUGAUUAUGUAUGUAUGUGCAUACACAUAUACAGACACACUAAUGAUAGAAUGCUUUUUUAUGUGCUAGACUAUUAUAUUUAGUAGUAUGUCCUUGUAACUAGCCAAUAUCACAGCUUUUUAAAAAUUAAAAGUCACACUAUUGAAUUAAUAUUUCAUAUUUGCCAGGAGAAACAUGGCAGAUAGUUAUCGAUAUGUUUUCAAUGUCCAGUGACCUGUAAGAAAAAAAGUAUUGGAAAAAAAGAGAGUUAAGACGUAUCAAAAUGAGCUGAAAUUUUCUAUAAGACAUAGUAUUUAGUUUAUAAUUAAAAGCAGUCUUGAAAUCCAGUGUGAAUUGUAUUAAAUCUAUCAUCUGGAUCAAGCUCAAAGCCUGCUUAUUUGUAACAAUAAAGUUUACAAUAGGUUGGCCUAACUGAUAUCUAAGGUCUCUUCUCUAAAAUUAAAAGAAUUUUAAGUAAUUUUAAAUUUAAAUUUAAAAGUGUAAAGAAUUUUAGUGACAAUAUCGUACAGAUUAAAAUUCCAUGUGUGGGUCUAAACAAUGACCACCUUUGGCUAAUGUCUGGAAGCAAGAGAAGUAAAGUGAACAAAACCCAGUGUUUAGGAGCCAUGACAGUACUUUCAUCUUUAUAGACUCUGAAACAUUUUUUAAAAAUUAAACUUUUCUACCUUUAUUAGUCAUUGAUUCUUGUCAUAAGUUGAUAAUGUGAUGAAAUUUCAAAAAUAUAUACAGCUUUUACUGAUUUUACUUUCUCCCCCAAGUCUGUAUGGAUUAACCAUUUUUACACACACAAUCCAGGUUUUAUUAUAUCUUGUAAGUCUUUAAUGUUCACAAUAGAUGUUAAAAGAUUACCCUAAUGUCUUGGCAAAAUGUUCUAGUAUAACCAUAUACAAGAAGUGUAGUUUAAAAACUCAUACCUCGGCCAAAAUUGUCUUAGUCUCAAUUCCUGACACACUGAGGGAGCUUCUCAAUAAUGAUUUUCUUAUCUACAUAUUCCCCCAGAAGAGCUAACCAGGUCAGGGCUGGUGUGAGGAGUGACCACUGCCUUGUAAAGUAUUUCCCUCAUAAAUCAGUAAAGAAUAUUUGAAUCCUCUAGCUAUUAGCAAAACUGGGCCAAAGGAAAGAAGGCCACCAAGAUCGCACAAAUAAUCUACUCAUGACAGAGUAGACAUGAGUCUACGAUAAGGUAAACUAGAAUUUACAAACAGAAGCUCCCUAUUUUAGCAUUGACUCCCAUCAUUAGAGUGAAACGGAUCAAAGUUUGAAUUAAGACCUAUGGUGAGGAGGUAACAUUGCUUUGUUGUACUUUUGAACAAGAGCUUCUCCUGAUCACUAUUAUAUAUUUUUCUACAAAGUCUACAGUUGAGAAGAGAAUGUAUUGAGUCUGACUUUUAUUCCAAUAUUUGGUUGGAAUAAGUUUUAGGGUAGAAUUUUGUUCAGUUUGGAUUUAAUCUUUGGAAAAACAAAUUCCAUGUUUACUUGUUUGAUUACUGUUCUCUGUUAUCUUUAAGAGAUAAAACUGCAAGCUGACUAGCAUGUUCUGUGAAUCUGUCAUUCCUAAAAAUUUUAUAAACACUUGAUAUUUUUCACUGAUAAUUGCUGCAAUAAAAGUAUAUUGUGAAAAUGCAUCCACAAUAAAUGGAAUUUCUCCAAA